AAGUGUCUAUAUAUACACACUUGACACCACUUUUGAGUUCAGUUGAUUUCAAGUAAUUCAUCGACUUUCAAGAUCAGUCUGUCGUAACUCGUUUUUAACUCGAUGGCUUACAUUCCUCCUCACAAGCGACACUCGAAUGUUCCAGAGAAGUUAUCACCUACUACUCCAGAGUUACUUGUUCCUCAGUUUAAGAGAUGCACAAAUUUAAAGCCAGCAGAACCUUAUUAUAUAGAUAGACGUGGAAAGAUUUUAUAUGCAAACAAUGUCAUAACUAGGUUUCUCAUUGUUGGUUCGACUGAGGGUUCCGUUCGUCUUCAUUCAAUUUCCAUGGAAGACUUCGAGCGGAGGAUGGGAGAAAAGCCUCUGGCUUUGGUCAACAGUCAUCUGAUGACUGACGAGAAUAAUGAUCCAAGCGGGAGCAUUUUGAGAAAACCAUGGGCAUCAGUAAGUGGAAAACUAUUACAAGACCUCUUAUCUACUUUUGAAAUCAUGAAAAAUGAAAUGGAUUUUGAUAAGUUGGAAGUAAGAAAGCCAGCGUUGGUUGCUAGAUUUGGGUCUGUUCUUUUCCAUGGGAACCCUUCAGUGAGCCUCGAGGGCAUUAAAGAAUGUGAAGUUGCUGUAGCUACUCUGAGACAACAACAAUUAAAGAAAUAUUUUUUUUACAAGAAUGUUCCUCCAUCUAAUAUGGAAAACAUUGUCGAUGUAGUUGUCCCAGAAAUUGGUGUGGACGUCAAUGAUGAGAAGCACAUAUACCAUGUAAAGAUGUUGGAUAUGACAAGGCAAGAUGAACUCAUUUCAUGCAAAUGCAGUGUGACAACUGAUAACAGGCUUGAGCUCCGUAAGGUUCAACUCAACCCAAUUCGUUACAUGGUUACAGAAAUAGCUUGCCUUGAGAAAAGUAAAGACCUGAAGCUAAUGUUCUGUGCCAAGAGGAUCUUAACAUCUCUAACAGACGAUGAGAAGUGUAGCAUUAGAGCAUUGAUCAGUUCUGCAGUUCUAGAUACAAAUGUAAAGGGCGGACUGAGAUGGCCCCUUGGAGAAGCAUCAUCUGGAGAUAGAUACAGUGUCAUUGGGGUUUGGCACACGAUAUCGAAAGCAUUCAGUAGUCCAUCUUUAAGGCUCAAGCUAAUACAUACUGAUCGAUUUGAUUUCAAAAUUUCUGAUGGGGAAGCUACAAAUGAUAUUGUGCUGAAGUUGAAAGGAGUAGUCUCAGAACUGCAGAAACACAAGUCGCAAGACUCAGUCUCUGUCAUGCUUGAAGACACCUUGAAGUUAAUAUGGGACCACUUCCUGAACGAUGAACAUUCUCCGCUGCCAUGAAAUUACUCUGUGUAGAUGGUGGUUUACUCAGUAGAUGGUGAAAUUCCUCUGUUUGUCAAUAAUGCUUGUUUUCCUUUUGGCUUGUAAUUUUUAUGAGAGUCUGCUUGUAAUAGUAGCCUUGUUAUAAAGUUAUAUCCAGUACUGCUGUAAGCUUUGUCCAUGUGGGUUCCAAACAUGUAUAUUAGUCCGUAUGCAAAUGGGUACGCGUGGACACUCCUAUGUAAA